AUGUUCCUCCGGCUCUUGUCUGAUGUCCGGUGGCAAAGAGCUAGCCCAGGAUGGAGAAGCAUGACCAGCUCCCGGCACAGUAGCACAACUGGAGCAGAACCUCACCUGACCCCUCUGCCAUCACAUGCACAGGUGGUUAUCUGUGGGGGUGGAAUCAUGGGCACAUCAGUGGCGUAUCACCUCUCGAAACUCGGGUGGAAGGACAUCGUCUUACUGGAGCAGGGCAGGUAAAUAGUUUUUUUUCCCCCUUUGCAAAAAAAAAAUAAAUAGGUGUUCGAUGCAGCAAGUAAUGCUGUGUGGUGGAACUGGGAAGGUCUUAUAGCAAAGGUAAAGUGUACACACACCUGUUAGCUAACUGUAAGAUUCAAGCUGAGAGUUUAUCUACAUCUUCAGAAAAGGCAUUUGUAUUUUCUGGAACUGUAUUGCUUCAGGUUAGGACCAAUAUUCAGAUGUUCUCCUCACUUACAAACAAAACAGGAAUAGGAACAGAACCUCCCCUUGCAUGUAGAAGCUCAGCAUGGUGGACUAGACUCAGCUAGAACCUUCUCUGACAUGCUGGUUUUCCACAGGCAGCGGUCCUUGUUCAGUAAUAUCUUCCCUACAUCUGAUAGCUUUCUUAUGCAGCAUCUUAUCUUUGGAAUUCGUUUCAAGUUGCUUUGUCUCUGUCUUUCAUGGGGAUGAGGAAUUUGUGUUCCUCCAGUUGUUUUUGGACUCCAGCUUGCAUCAGUCCUAGGAAGCAUGGCCAAUAGUUAGGGUGAUGGGAGCUACAGUCCCAGCAACAUCUGGAGGGUUAAAACCUACCUUUUCUGUUUUCCUUGCUUCUGUUUGACUCAACAUCUCAUACCUUGUUUCGUUUCCUUUACUUGUGCUUCUCCCUGCAAUGGGGGUAUCUUUAAAGACUGUCUGGCUGGUUGAAAAUACAGCUGCUGGGCUACUAAUUGGGACCAAAAGUUGGGAAUGUUUUCAGCUGGUGGCUUGGUGCUUUCUUUAAAAGCCUGUCGUGGCUUGGGACCUGUGUACCUGAGACAGCACCAGUUCUCACAUAAACCUACCCAUGUGUUGGGAUCAUGGGGGGGGGGAGGCUACAGGAAUGCUGACAGUCUGGGGGUUUUAUUCCUGAGCAGUUGGAAUGCUUAUAAAAUUAAAUACAAUUGCACCUGCUAAUACUGGUCUAACAGGCUUCGUUGCUACCAGCACAGAGUCAAAGUUUCUGUAGAAUUUCUGCAUGCUUAUUAAAAUCAUAGGGUGUAGACUCGUGGUUAUUAAGCUCUGUCUUCUUACACUUGUAAGCAGGGUAGUAAAAAUGUUCUAAAGGAGUGAAUUCCCCCCAUUAUUUCAGUGCAUACUUAAGAUUGCCUUUGAAGCUCUGAUCUCUGCUGAUUUGGUGUAUGGAUUCCUGGCAUGGUUGUUAUUCCAGAUUAGUUAACUUUUAGUACAUUGGUGUGAUCUCACCUGUGUGACAACAGGGUACACAAGGGUGAUCGGAAUGAAAUGCUUGUCAUAAGAACAUAAAAAGAACCUGCUGGAUCAGGCUAAUGACCCAUCUAGUCCAGCAUCCUGUUUUCACAGUGGCAAUCCAGAUGCCAGUGAGAUGCCUGCAAGCAGGGCUGGAGCAUAACAGUACUCUCCUCUCUGGUGGUUUCCAGCAACUGGUAUUCAGGAGCAUUACUGUCCCUGACCAUAGAGGCAGAGCAUAGCCAUCAUGACUAGUAGCCUUCAAUAACCCUUUCUUCUAUGAAUGUCCCAUGACUUUAAAGUAUCAUCAGUAGCGUUAGCUGCUAGUUUGGCAUUAGAGGACAGCAUUGUGUAUGUUGUCUGAGUUAGUCUUUAAGACUGAAAGAAGCCCUGCCAGAAACCAUCCGGUUCCUUUACGUUUCCUUUGCCAAGGAAUGCUGUCCUGACCCUGUGUGCUGGCAUUGCCCUGUCAGUGGCAUGCAAGAGCAAAUGUUUGCCCUUCCUUUGGCUCUGGUGGCAGAGAUUGCCUCCUUGCACUUGGGCUCUCCUUGUGAAAUCUGGAAUGGAAGGCAAAGCGUGCCUCUUGUCAACACACAGCUAAAAAUAUCCCCUGCCAUAUCUUAGUGGCACACUUGGGCUUUGCGUGCUCAGCACCCAAAUUGGGUUUCACAAACUCCAUCCAACACACAAUUGCUGACUGUGCCUCACUUCUUCAGAGGAGCGCAUUUUGAUUUUGUUGUGUGCUGGGAAGAGCAUGGAGGAAAUCAAGGAAAAGGAGAUUGGGAUCUACUUAGUGACACUUUAUUUCACUUCAUACAAACUUAGCACUUCAUAUGGAAUUUAAAAAGAAGCUCUGACUGACCAUCUAAGUAAAGAUGAGGUGUUCCUGGCAAUCUUGAAACUGUGUGCUGUGAGAGUAUGUGAUUGCUUUUCGAUACUUCUAAUUGUUUUUUAAAUGUCUUAAAUACAUUUUUUUAAUUGUAUUGUAUUGUUUUAUCACUGAUGCAUUUGCCACACUAGGCUCCUUUGGGAGGAAGGGUGGGAUGUAAAAAUAAUAACUAAAUAAAGAGGAUGGGGCUUGAGGAUCUAUCUAAAUGCAGAGCUUGUAAAGGUUAAAUUAUGUAAAUUAUGACAGGUUUUCCAAUAGAAACCAGCCCAAAGAAACAGAGCCUUUCAGUUGCCUUUCUUCUAGCCCCUGGCAGUGAUUUCAUCCAGUCCAGGUCCCCAAAAGAAGAGGAGUAGAAAUAUCAGGCUCACAGGUAUGGUUAUGUAAUCUAUCUGGUUCCAGACAGGAAGUCGCUUCCCCUGGCCUCGGUGGUCUGUGAUCCCAGUGUACAGGUCAUGCCACCUUUGUAACACUUGCUGGUGGCAAUGUGGGGAGGUCUCCUGGGGGAAAAUAUUUUUCCUUUCUCCAGGAGCUGCCCAAAAUCCCCACUAAGUGCUACAAGUUUCCUGACUGUGGGCUCAAGAAACAGCCUUCUGGGUGUACCCACAGAGUCUUAGGAAGUACAGACAAUUGUAUAAGGUGCAAAAGGCCCCACUCUUUAAUUGGUGGAAAGCCUUGCCUGCUCCUCCUCUUCCCUGCCUGAUUCCAUAGGAAAUGACUCCCUGGGUCAUUUGCAUCUAAAUGUUCUAAGUUCAGUCUCCAGAUAGGGUUGGGAGAAGCUCCAUCCGGAAACCUGGAGUGCCAACCACACUUAGCUGGUGAGCCAAUUGGCCUGACUCUGGGUAUGGCAGCUCCAUACUUUCUUAGGGAGCCCUCUGCCACUGACUCAUGACCUCUCCUCUUGGGCCAAACAAGCUUCCAGAGUCCCCACAGACCCUCCUGGGUUUCCCUCUUUCAGGCUAGCUGCUGGUUCCACGAGGUUUUGUGCGGGCAUCGUAAGCACAGCGCGGCACCUGUCCAUCGAGCUGAAGAUGGCUGAAUACUCCAACAAGCUGUAUCAGCAACUCGAGCAAGAGACUGGGGUAAAAACGGGUAAGGAGGGGUUACCACACUGAGCUUUGUGGCUGAGCAGGGGGUGGGGGAGUCAAACACAAAGUAAUUCGCCAUCCUGGCAUUCCCCAGAAGGGUUGCAGAUAUUAGCCACCAUUUGCACCCAUCUGAAACGAACCUUUUCUGGGGCUUUCCUGUACCCUGACAGAGGGUUCCUGUACUUGUUCCAGGUUACGUGAGGACUGGCUCUAUCUCUCUAGCUCAGACGCAAGACCGGCUGAUUUCCCUGAAGCGCAUAGCCUCACGGCUCAAGUAAGUGUAAGAGGAACGAGGAGGAGGAGCACCAGGCAUGUGCCAGCCUUUCUGGAAUAACUUAUAAUCAGGGCCUGGCCAGUUGGUGCUGGUCUGUGUGACAGGGCCUUUUCAGUGGUGGUUCCCCAGUUGUGGAAUGCCUUCCCUAGCAAAGGUGCUACUCUGUCAUUAUUAACUUUAAGGAGGAAUUUGAAAACAUUCCUGUUUCCCAAGGCCUCUGGUGGCUGAAGAACGCUGUUCAGGCUCCUCAUUGGAUGGAGGAAUGUUUUUAACUGCUUUUAGAAUGUUUUUUUAACUGUAACUGAUUUUCAGUGUUUUUAAUGGUAAUUGUCUUUAAAAUAUUUGCUUUCUUUGCCACCCUGGGCUCCUUGGGGGAGGAAGAGUGGGAUGUAAAUUCAAUAAAUAUAAAUAAUAGUGACUGGCCUUAGCUGUGUGUGUUCUCCAACAGGGUCAUGGGGAUCCCAUGUGAGCUCAUCCCGCCCAAGAGAGUGACGCAGCUCCACCCGCUUCUCAACAUCCACGACUUGGUGGGGGCCAUGUACCUCCCAGAGGAUGCUGUCGUUUCAUCAGCCGAUGUGAGCCUCGCCUUGGCCAGCGCUGCCUCUUUGAAUGGUACGGCCUGGCCAUGUCUUUUUGUCGGCAAUACCGCUUGAGUACAAACCUCAUCGGGAGAGACAUUGCUGAUUUGUCUGCUGCUUACAUUUCUAAUUUGCAAAGUAGAUUACAGCCUUUAGUGCAGCCUUCCCCAACUCCAGAUAUUUUGGACUACAGCUGAUGGGAGUUGUAGUCCAAAAUAUCUGGAGGGCAAUUGGUUGGUGACGGGUGCUUUAAUGUGUAUUCCCUUGCAGGCAUCCUGUAUGGAAGCCUUCCCCGACCAUGUUUUGGAUCACAGCCAUGCUGGCUAUAGCGGAUAUGAGUUGUAGUCCAAAACCACUGAAGGGCAGCAGGUUUGGGGGAAAGUGCUGUGUGAAGUAGGUCUCUGCUCCCAUUUUUCUGAAGGGAGAACUGAGACUGAGGGCCGAACUACAUGUAACCAAGAACUUGGGCUGCUGCAGAAACUGACAGCUUCACGUCAAGGUCCUCCCUCUCACAUCUCAAGAGGAGGGGCUGCAGUUCAGAAGCAGAGCCCAUGUUUUGCAUGCAGAAGGUCCCAGGUUCAAUCCCUGACAUCUUCAGGAGGACUGGGAAAUCCUGGAAAGCCGCUGCCUGCCAGCGUAGACAAGAACGAGGUGCUAGGUGUACCAAAGGGCUGACUCUGUAUAAGGCAGCUUCUUGUGUUCCUGGAAAACGGGCCUUCAUAACGACAUCAGCUCAAGUUGAGCUACACAGUGCAGAGGCCGAGGGGAGAGCUCAACAUGGGACUGCUCCUUUGGGUCAUAUCACUCUGCUCUUUGUAGCACGUAUCUCAGCUUUAAGGCUGCCGUCCUACACAACCCUUGCCUGGUGUGCAAGUCUCACUGAAUUCAACAGGGCUGCUGUGUAAACAUAUAGGAACUGUUUGCAAGAAAGAGUGACUUGCCACUAGCCACACAGCGAGAGUGUGGCAGAGUCCUCUUUCCCACCCACUAUGCCACACUUACUUUCAGCUUGUGUGAAUGCUCUUGCAUGGUCUACUCUUCCGUCCCGCUAGAAUCCUCAUGGUCCACUGGAACAUGUUAAAUGUGCAAAGCAAAGUUGUAUCCUUCAGAGCUCUUCCACAGUGGAGGCGUGAUUAACCCACUCUCUGUUAACCUUGAAGCCUACCCACGAAGCUGCCUUAUGUCAGUUUGGGCCAUUGCUCUGUGCCGCAUAGGAUCAUUUCUUGCCAUAGGAAGGCACAACCUUGUGCCCUCUUAAAGUGUUGGACUACAAUUUAUACAGUGCGUUUUCCACAAAUGCUUGUGGUUCACAUUUUUUUAAAAAAAAUCUUAAGUACAGUAGUACAAUAAUGAUACCUUAUAAAAAGUAUAUUACCACUACAAAUUUAGCACAACCCUCCCAUCAAUUACCAGUUCAUUGAACAUAUUUCAACAUUUAAGUGAACAUAAAUCUCACCAGUAGGUCAAGUAAAAAUAACCAAUAAUUUCACAUCCAAAAGUUGCCCCAAAGUUGCUGGUUAGUACCUAGCAACCCCCAUCUCCCAGUCCUUCGUACCACAAGUCCAAAAGGCCAGAAACUUCCCUUGGCCUUCUCCUUGAAGUAGUUGGCCAUGCUGUCUGGGACUGGUGGGAGCUGUACUCCCAGCACCUCUGCGUUGCAUCAGGUUGUCUGUCCCAUGUCUGCUCUGACCUAUAGCAGCUCCCCAGCCAACUGGGGUCCUUUUGAACAUGCCAGAGAUUGAAUGUGAAAACAAAGCAAGUGCUUGAGCUAUGGUCAAGUUUAAAAACCCUCCUCUAAGGACGUAUGAAGUUGGCUUUUUUUGAAUCAGAGCAAUGUCAACCAAAUCCAGUGCUCUUUACAAGAAUCCUCCCAGAAAUUGACCAGUGGUUCAACGUCAGCACUCUGCUCUGCCUUCCGCCCACCCCCUGCUUUAGUGCCAUCUGUGUUAGGCUGAUUGCUUCUGGGGUACAGCAGUCUGCUGCUUAAUCUCUCAGCUCGUCCGUGAGCAUGCUGACCUAAUUGAGACUCUUGAUUUGUGCCUCCUGUAGUGAUUCCACUUUGGCCAGGGCCAGGCAGGGGGCAAGAGAGGUGACAGGUCCAAUGGACCUACUCGGCAAGUAGCUUUUCUUUGGAGCAGGGAGCAAUUGGAGGGGGUUGGACUGGAUGACCCUUUAAGGCUCUUCCAACUCUACAGUUCUACGAUUCUAAUUUCUGGCUCCCUUUUCUGCUUUCUCCGCCCAGGUGCCCAGAUCCAUGAGCGGACAAGUGUUAUCCACGUCUUGUGCCAAAAGGGUUGUGUGGCUGGAGUGGAGACUGACAGAGGGAUGAUCGAGUGCCAGUAUUUUGUUAACUGUGCUGGGCAGGUCAGGUGCCAAUUGUUUUGUGUGGGUGCCGUUGCCGGCGUAUGUGUGCAUUGACUCAACAACUGCUGUGAAUGAACUCAGAUUUCUCCUGAUGCUUCUUUUUCAAGAGGUUCUGGGGAAUGCUUUCCAAAUUAGCAAAAAGUUGUUCUCUCAAAAAGGCAAGCCUUUUGUGCUGGCAUACACACACACCCCCUCGGGCUUACAGGGCUUUGUGUUCAAACUAGAAAAUGGUUAUUGUCGGGUGUUUCCUUCCAUGCUGCACCACAUGUCUAGUGUGAACUAAGGCAGGGCAAACCUGGCUUCCUAUGCUGACUGCAUGGCGGUGGGAGGGAAGGGUCCUGCAUUCCCAAGUUGGGUAUUUUAGUCUAGGCUAUAUGUAGUCAUUGCUUGCCAUUGGAAUUGUGAGCUGCAGAAUCAGCUAGUUUAGUUAAUGGUGAAUAAUUAAUUUGCCUCUAGUUGUAGAGAAGGGCAAGAAGCUUUGAUUGUUGUUAGCCGCCCUGAGCCCGGCUUCGGCUGGGGAGGGCGGGAUAUAAAUAAAAUUUAUUAUUAUUAUAAGGCACUAGUGCCAGCCUUUGCCAAGCGGGUGCCCUCCAGAUGUUUGCACAGGAUCUCCUUGCCCCAUCUCAUCCGGCACCUUUUCUGUCUCGCUUCCCUACCCCCUUCCCUGCAGCGUUACCUGGCAUGUGAUCCCAUUAAGCUACAUGGUGGUACAACCUGCCUUCCGCCUGAGCGCUAACUUCCCUGCCUUCAUUUCAGUGGGCUUACGAGCUGGGCCUUUCCAACGAGGAACCAGUCAGCAUCCCUCUGCACGCUUGCGAGCACUUCUACCUCCUGACCCGGCCCUUGAAGACACCGCUGGAGAGCAGCACGCCAAGUAAGGACCCUCCCUCUGCACCCUCUCAUGGACCCCUUUGCCUUCCACGCAGGCACUCAGUGUCAUUGCUCAGUUGCAGUGCACAAAUCCUGGACGCAGGACAAGGAGGGGGUCUGGGAAAGGCCUUUGGCUGAGACAGAAGACAGCCCACAUCAGCCAACCAGUGGGCUGUAUUGGGUCUGGAAGACCCAUGGGUGUCUGGCUGCUUUUAAGGAAUUGGGGAGGAAAUGAACAAGGAGGCAUUGGGUGAAAAAGUUGUGCUUUGUAGUCCUCUCUGAGCAGCUGUGGAUGUGGGGCUGCCCUUGCUUGCCCAGUGACUCUUAAGCAGUUUUUGUAAAUCAGGGGUGGGGAACAUUUUCAGCCUGAGAGCCACUUUCCUUCUGGGCAACCUUCCAGGAGCUGCAUACAGAGUGGUGGGUGUGGCAAGAGUGGGCGUGGCCAGGCACACACCAUCCAGCCAAGUCAGAGGUGCCGUGGCAGUUAAAGGGUGCAUUCUAGCCAGGCAACCAUCAUGAGAGGAGGACACACCAGGGCCAGAUACAGGGGGCUAGAAGGCUUUAUUUGGGCCCUUAGCCUGAGGUUCCCCACCCCUACUGUAAGCCGAGGAUAGCAAACAGCUCAGCAGCUGCAGAAGAAAGGGGAGGAAAUUUUCAGGGCUGGUUGGGAUGCCACAAUCAGCUAAAGCAUUGGUUUUGACUGCACCUUGCUCUAGCUGCUACCCAGGGGAAAGACUUUUGGUCGCAUGUGUAAAAGCCCAAGAAUCAGUGUAAGGUCAACUGUGUCUCCCCAAAGCAGGCUCUAGCCUUCUUCCCUGAUUGAGCUUGCAGGGAGCCUUCUGCCCGCAUCCAAACAAUCACUUCUUUCCCUUCCUGCCAUCCCCCCCUCCCCAUAGCUAUUGUGGACCCUGACGGGAGGAUCUACAUCCGCAGCUGGCAGGGGGGCAUCCUUUCAGGCGGCUUUGAGAAGAACCCCAAGCCGAUCUUCACGGAGGGCCGGAACCAGCUGGAGAUACAGAACCUGCAAGAGGACUGGGAUCACUUUGGUACGUUGGGUGGACCAGGAAAGGGGGGUGUUUCCAAGUCCUCCAGAUGCACCUUUCCUAAUGUGAGACAUGUUGGCUUGAGCAAAGCAUUGUGUGAGUGAGUGAGUGAGUGAGUGAGUGCCUGGCUUGGUGAGUGACACCUGCACUUCCUCUUUGCUUUUAGAAUUGGUUUAUAAAUUUCUCCUCCCUUUCCCUGCCUUGGCUGGCCCACUCUGGGCACAUUGCUGAUUGGUGCUGUGAGCAAAAAGGUUUAUUCUGGGCUCUCAACGAGUGCUACAACAACAGAGUCAACAUCUGUGGGCUGCUGUGUUUGCAAAUGUGGAACUUUCUUGAUGGUGAUGGGGUGGGGGCAAUGAGGGUUUGGGUAUGCUGCCCAUCCCUCCAACUAGUGAUUGUUUGUUCUGUCUCAUCUUGGGGAGUAGAGCCACUUCUGAGUGCCCUUCUGCGGAGGAUGCCAGAUCUGGAGGCGCUGGAGAUCGUGCAGCUGGUGAAUUGCCCAGAAUCCUUCACUCCAGACAUGCGGUGCAUCAUGGGAGAGUCGCCCAAUGUGCAGGGCUACUUUGUCCUGGCAGGGAUGAACUCGGCUGGCACGUCUUUUGGUGGAGGAGCAGGCAAGUAAGUGGCUCACCCCUCUCUGCAUGGGAGAGGCAGAGGGCCAGGGAUGAGGGCACUGCUUGUAGAACUCUAUAUGCACCAGCUUCCUGUAGGUGCAUUUAAAGUCUGUGUGCUGCUUCUCUAAGGCAAAGCUAUGCCAGGGCCCUGCAGUUUCCAGCAGAAGGGGCUGCUCAACUGCUCCUUGUCUGCUGCUAGUUUCUGUGCAUGCUGGCACAUCCCUCUCUGUCCUCCAUCUGGGCAACUGCAAGGCAUUAUCAGAGUUCAAGGGCACAUCUCAAACCAGGCAAAAAGAUUCAAGGAGGUGCAAAGCAGAUGCAGUAAGGGCUGUAGCUGGUAAUGGGAUAUGGUCGGGGAGGAGACUUGGGGGGCAGAUAGGGAGAUUUUGAGGGCUGUAUUUGGCUCCCAGGCUUGAGGUUCCCAAUCCUUGGGCUAAUGGAUGUUCCUUGUGACAUCCGGAGUUGCUGUGACCUUUCUGGUUUGGGCAAAGGGAUUUUGUGUUUUGCUCUCGCUUGAGCAAGGAGGGAUUGCAGGCAAUAAUGUGUCCCCACUGUAGCUCUAUCUCCUACUGUGCUAUCUCUGGGUGUAAUUACCGCUCCCCACCACCCUGCCGCAAGCACAGUCUGUUAACUGUCUGCUCUCCUGCACUAUUUAACCUUCUGGGCCUGCUUGUCUCCCUCCUUGGCCAGGUACAUGGCUGAAUGGAUGGUGAACGGCUACCCCUCUGACAACGUGUGGCCCCUGGACCUGAAGCGCUUUGGGGCUCUGCAGAGCAGCCGCACCUUCCUCCGCCACCGCGUCAUGGAAGUGAUGCGUAAGUAGCCUGCAGCUGGACUCACUCGCGCCCCACAUUAAAUCAGGGCUGUGUAGGGUGUCCUGUCUGGACUAGGAAGGUGAUGGAUUUGUGUCCCUUCCAGCGCUUUGAUUCUGUGAUUCUGUGGCCCCUCCAGCCCUGAUUUAUGACCUGAAAGUUCCCCGCUGGGAUUUCCAGACCGGCAGGCAGCUGCGCACGUCACCCCUCUAUGACCGGCUGGACGCACAAGGAGCCAGGUGGAUGGAGAAGCACGGCUUUGAGAGGGCCAAGUACUUUGUGCCGCCUGGGAAAGGUGAGAGCGUUGUCCUUCCGUACGCAGCCCUUGGAGCACGGGGUGCCAGCAUCUUGUUGUUUUGACCCAAGUCUUGUGCUUCCUCAUCUUCAGACUUGCUGGCCCUGGAUCAGAGCAAGACCUUCUACAAGCCAGACUGGUUUGACAUUGUGGGGGCAGAGGUCAAGUGCUGCAAGGAGGCCGUCUGCGUCAUUGACAUGUCCUCGUUCACCAAGUUUGAAAUCAGUGUAAGUGUGGUUGUGAGAGGGAUGUGGACCAGCACUGUGGGCCUGGCAUCUGCUUCUGUAGCUUGCUUGGGUGUCUAGAAACCCUCAAAGUUUGUUCAGUUGAUACAGAGCUGUCGUUAUUUUAUAAAAAGCAACUUUUGGCUGAACCAUACAGAUGAAAAUAGCAACGGCAAUUAAACACUCUUGGGCAGACCAAAGCCUUUAAGGCAAGAAUGGGGCACCUGUGGCCGUCCAGAUAUUUUUGGGCUACAACUACCAUCAUCAUCUUUCUGACCACUGGCAAUGCAGAUGGGAGUUGGAGUCCAGCCACGUCUGGAGGACCACAGUUAACCCAGCCCUGCCUUAAAAGGCUCACGGGAAUAAAUAAAAGUAUUGUGGAGAGGCACUAAGAGAGACCCCUGAUAGGACCAUUCCAGAGGGUGGGUGCUGCCAUGGAGAAAGGUCUUCCUGCAUGUAUCAGCCAAAACUUGCAAGAUGGUCAUUUUGUGAACUUUGACACUGAGCUUUUCCUCAGUGCUUCUGAGCUUCUAAGCCUUUAUGAUUCAAGCUGUAUCUCUCCAGGCAGCUGGAAUGAAUCUUACGGAGAGAAAUGCACCUUGGUUUGGAGAGCGCUCAGGCUGUAAGCAAGCAAAGGGUUGCCCAUGUAAUGUUCAUAGCUAUUAAAGCCUGGAAACUUGCCUUUUUGUGUGUUUUUAGGAAGGUGAGUUUUGUGGCAAAGUGGCUAAGAAAAUGUGUAAUUUAGGGUAAAUACAGUUAGAAAUGCAUACACUGAGGAAUGUGGGCAUCUCAAGGUGCUUACUUGUGUCAGGAGCUGAAAGCCAUUUCAAAAAGGGAUGGACAAAUCCUGCUUCUGCUGCUGUCUCUGAUUUCUUUCUCCUCUCCCACCUCUCCAUUCUGCAGUCCACAGGGGACCAGGCCCUGGACAUCUUGCAGUAUCUCUUCUCCAAUGACCUGGAUGUGCCAGUGGGGCACAUAGUGCACACAGGGAUGCUCAAUCACAACGGAGGAUACGAGAACGACUGCAGCAUCGUCCGCCUAAACAAGCGCAGGUAAGCUUUUUCGGACUCAUCCUUUAGCCUGCUCUGGCUUCUGCCUUCCUGCUUUGAAGACACACCUUCUACAUUACCCAAUGCCUCUGUUAGUGCUGUGCCUAGAAGAAGAGGAUACGAGAAGAGCAGAUCUUCCCAGAUUUGGUUUGGAGGGGGGAUACAUUAUGUUUUGUGAAGGAGGGCUUCCUUUAUUCUGUCCUGAAUAUACAGUGAAUCAGUUUCAUGACAGACACAAGAAAUUGCUACUUUAUAUGCCCCCCCCCCUUCUUGAAGUGUUACGUUCACCACCUAGAUCCUUUGUUUAUUUGCAAUAUCUAUUUCUGUGGAAGUCCCAUCGGCCCCCAACCAGCCUGGCCAUUGGUUAGCGAUAAUUGAAAUUGUAGUCCAAUAACAGGUGGAAGCCCAAAGCCUGCCCGUCCCUACUCUAGAGUCUAUCUUCCACAGAUUAUUAUUUUUAAUGUAUUUAUACCCCACCUUCAAGAAGCUCAAGGUGGUGUACUUCGUUCUAGUCUUUAAUUUGCUUCUCAAAUGAAGGGCUGAAUUGAGCAAAGUGCUGCAGGCUUGCCUUUGAGUUUGGUAAAUAUUUGGCUUGCAUUCAGGGAAGAUUCUGAUGCAAAAUUUCACUGCCUGGGAGGCCGGUGGUCUCAUUCUUCAAGCCAAGAGAGCGCAAGACAGGGCCCUCAAAGUUGCAGGAAAACCAUUUGGAUUAUAGGAUGUGAAUUGUUGUUUCACAUUAGUUAUGGGAAUACUUUGUGCUCCAGUGCCUCUGCAGCUCAGGUACAGCUUUGUAUGCUUCAAGGGGCACCUUUCAGGGCCAUGUUGGAGGAUGGAACGCCUCCCAGGUUGAAUGCAGUUGCAAGAACCUGAGAGCCUGGACUCAGUGAUUAUCCAGCUCAGGAGUGUCGCAAAUCCCAACAGGCUUUGCUUCAAGCCCUCUGUGGGUGUGGACGGGACCACCAUGCCAUGAUACCUCCCCACUACCUGGCCCCUGCCUUGUGCUUAACCUUCUCCAUUGUACUUUGCAUUCCAGCUUCUUCAUGAUUUCCCCCACAGACCAGCAAGUCCAUUGCUGGUCCUGGUUGAAGAAGCACAUGCCUGUUGACAGCAACCUGUUCUUGGAAGACGUAACCUGGAAGUACACAGGUGAGGCAGGAGGGAAUAUUGUGCCUGCAGAUGCUGGCACAGCUGGAGCGGCUGAAGAUGCUCCUUCAACAAGAAGUCGUGUUUUCAGUUGCUCUGGAGCCCCAUGCUGGCUGCAGUCCAAAACAAAGGGAGGGCAGCCGUUUGGGAAAGUUGCUGUAAAAAUAUGAAUGUGGCAAAUAGGUUUUUGCAAAUGUAUUAUCCAGGUAUUCUCACAGGCGAUGCUGGUUUGGUUGUGGCUCCCUACUGGCAUCUGAUCAGUGACAGAUCCAAGCUUGGUGCUAUGUAGUAUGGGAAAUGCUCCCUGGGCUUAUAUGCGAAGUUCAUUUUGAAAUAUAGGCUCCCAUUUCACAUCUUCUCUUAGAAUCCUCUACCUCUUAGAAGAUGAUUUACCCCUUGCUUUCACUACUGAGGGUGGAACUAUGCUCUCACCUGGUGCCACCAUCAAAAAAAGGCAGCCCUGUGUUUCUCCACAUUCCCCUAUCAUUGGCUGUCAGGGUACGAAGACUUGCACACCACAGUUAUGUCAUGGCAAGGGUGCCUGAAGAGAGGGGAGGGUGGCUGUGGUUGAACUUUGUAUGGGGUUUCCAUCUUCAGUUGCAGUGCCAUGCCAAGAUUAGCGUGCAAUUCCUCUGGUAGCAAAGCUAGGUUUGUGGUCACCAGAUGGGGGCGCUUUAGUGCUAGUGUUAAUGAGCCUCCCUGCUUUAAAUGAGUCAAACGUAAAUCCUUGGUGGUUCCUCGGAUCCACAGAUAAAUUUUUUCCCAUACACAAUGUUGGGCAGGGGUGGGAAACUUGUUCCUCUCCAGAUGUUGUUGGAGCCCAGCUCCCAUCAUCCCUGACCAUUGGACUUGGAUGGUGGGGGUUAAUGGGAGCUGGAGGGCCACUGUUUCUGAAGCACUCCUUUGGGGUUUCACAAUCCAUCUGUAUAUCCCUCCCUGCAUGGUGGGCUUCUCUUUCUGCAGCAGAACUUGAUUUCAUGCCUACUGUUAUUUCCAAACCAUCUGCCUCCUCUGUCAGCUAUGGCCCUGAGCUGUGCCAAGGGGAUCUGAGGGUGGAGUUGACUUGGGUGGGACCUUCCCUUUCAUUCUGCAGAUUGCUCAGAGGUAGAAACCCUUGUGCUUUUCUCUACCCAGCAUUGAAUCUGAUUGGCCCACGCGCUGUGGACGUCCUGUCAGAGCUGUCAUAUGCUCCAAUGACCCCAGAGCACUUUCCAUCCCUCUUUUGCAAGGUAUGUCACGUGUUUUUCAGUUUGUUUUAGAAAUCUGCUUACUCCUCAUGCAAAGGUAACCGGUUCACACAAUGGCCUGGUUCACACACUGUACUAAGGUGUGGUUUGUUUAACAUGAGUUAGCCAGGAGUUGUCCCACAAUCCAACAAACCAUGGCUUGUUAAAGCUUGGUCAAACUACAGUAGAGGAAAGGUGCUGGAUUAGCAUGUUAAUACCAACCUUUAGUUAAAACAAACCAAGGUUCAUAAGCCAACAACAAACAAUGACUCUAGCUGCUGGGCAGCAUUCACACAUAACACUAAGCUGUGGUUUAAUAAGCCAUAGUUUAUUAAAAUGUUGUGUACCAUUAUUUGUAAACUCAGAGGUCCUGUUUUGUGUAUCUCUCUGCCUCUACCCUCAGGUUUGUCACCUAAGACCACGCAUAAGGCAGAAUGGCUGGGGUCGUGUUAAUGUUGUUUCUCAAAGUGGCUUUAUGUGAUGCUCUGGUUUUCAAACUGUCCUGGAGAAGCUUGGCUUUCUUCCAGUUUUUUAUGGAUUUGUGAUGUGUAGCCAAGAUUGUUGUUGUUGUUCAUUGCCUGCCCUUCUCCCUAAGGUCCCAGGUUGGGUUACAACAUUAAAAUACAGUAUUAAGAUUGCUGCUGGGCAUACUCUUGGUUUGCAUGGGGUGGUGGUGAGUCCAAGAAGUUCUAGACAGUGCCUUGUGCAACCUGCGAGUAUGUCAUUGAAUUCAGCAUACAAUCUGUGGUGCAAACAUGGGGGCAGGACUUCACUCAAAGUUGGAAGAAGGCUCCUUAAAGAUAGGACACUUUGUAGACUGAUGUCUUUGUGGCAGGCCUCAUACAGAGUUCAAAUCUUGGCCAAUUUGCAGGGCACAGGUUGUGUGUUUAUCAGGCAAAGUGUCCUGCUAUGUCUUCGUCUUGCUGAAUAUUGCAAUGAUUACGUUGCAGGGUGUUUCUUGCCUGUUCUGUAGCAGUUUUCAGAUCAGAGGAUAUCUGUGGGUUGAGGACAGGGGUGGAUGCAUUUAUGAAGGGUGCCUUAAUUAUUCUCUGUGCUGCUGCAAUAACAUCUGGAGGACACCCUGCUGGCUACCUUUGUCCUACAGCAUUCAAAGUGCUUUACAUUCUUGGUAAUACAACAGGCCUAUAGGAAACUCUUUAUUAUUGCAAAUAAGGCAGGGAGAGGGCAGUUGAGGCUGAGAGAGAGCAGCUGGCCUAAGGCCAACAAAGUUUUUAUAGCCAAGGUGAGAUUUGAACUAGGCCUUCCCUGAUACGUAGCUCUCUUUUCUUUUAUCCGCCGUGCUUACGCGCUACAGUGGCUCAUUUCAUGCUUCAAAACAUGACACUCCUUCCAGCACCAGAAGGAAUGCUCAUUCUGUAAGGCUGGUUGGAAAACCUACAGUGGGACCUCUGAUGCUCUCAAUGUCAAUGAGCCAGUGAGGAUAUAGCCUCCUAAUUACACCCUGGUGGUGGUGCUGAUCACAAACUGGCUGCUCACAAACAAAUUGUAAGAGACGCUUUUGUACGCUGCAGAAACAGGGAGUGGUUUGGAAUGCCCUGAGUCGUUCUGUCCAGCGUGUAAAGCUUGGGAAUUUAUUUUUUCAAGUUUUUUUAUGGGUGUAACUUUUUUUAAAAAAGUGUUCCCCUCCUCUCUCCAGCAUAUACAUUAACCUUCUGUCCCCAGACAGAGAAUCUUGUGUCCAAUCCUUGUGAAUGGAGAAUGUUAUCGUGGAAAUGGACCCCACCCUCAAAAAUGAAUCUCCAAAUGCAGGGGUGGCUAACCAUUUUUUUUAGCACGAGGGUCACAUUUGCCAUUUGAGGGGUUGCAUGCACACAUACAGCCCCCACUCCUGGACUGAUCCAUGCUAAUCAGCUGUAGGGGGCAGUCAUCACCUCCUUUCUGCUCAUCAAAUGAUCAAUCUGAUUGUGGGCAGUGAUGAUUAAAUGGGGGGGGGAGACAAGAACCAUGUAAGCUACCUUCAGCUCCUUGCAGAAAAAGGUGGGAUAUAAAUGCAACAAAAUAAAUAAAUAAAAGACACCCAGGAACCAGAAGCCAGGCGCUUGAGGAGUCUUUUCUUGCAAGCUCCCAGCUGCUUGUGCUCAUCGCAGAAGUGUUUUUUUUAAAAAAAGAUUGUACAAUGUUUAUUCUACCGUGUCAUCUCUGCUUGCUUCUCUGGUGCUUAAGCUUCUUGAUUGUCCCCUUCCUCUCAGUGGAGAGAGUGAACGGUUGCUCCCUCUCUUCUUGUCCUGGGUUGCCCAUGUGCUUUUGCCAGCUUCCAUUUUCUUCCUUUGCUUCCUGUUUCCUACAGGAGAUGAGCGUGGGCUACGCCAACGGCAUCCGUGUCAUGAGCAUGACACACACUGGAGAACCGGGAUUCAUGCUCUACAUCCCCAUUGAGGUGAGAGGUGCUUUGUUGUCUUAAGACCAAAACUUUGAUUUGCAGGACUGAGAAGAACCUCUUCUCCCUUUUCCCAUGGGAUGGUAUAGAAAGAUCAAGAGUAAAAGACUUGGCUUAGAAGUACAAGAUAAUAAUAUCCAUGCUGUCUUCUCAUGCUCACCCGUUUGUCCUACUGCUUGUCUCAAAAGGGAGAUCUACCUGUUGGGGCCUAAGUUUCCUCGCUUUCAGACCACAUCGUGAGCAGGAAAGAAUCCAGUCAAAAUAGGCCCAUAUGAAUUGCACUUUGCUAGAACGGGCAAAAGGUCCAUCUAAACCAAGCUACCUAAAUAUACUCAGCUUAUAGGCAAGACAUGUUGUUUGCCUUCCGCAUCAAACAGUGUCAGAGGUACUCCGCCUCUUAAUUAGAAAGGCUCCAUUCAAAUUGUUGUUUUUAUCCAUUAAUAGACAAAUUAACAGAGAGUAGCUAAUAGCUAAUAAUCUGUGAACUGUGCCUUGCAAUAUCAGACCAAGGCAACUGUGAGCUGGCUGGGUCUGCUGGAAGAUCUAAAUCAAAGCAUCUGGAAGGCACCAGGUUGGGGGAGGCAUUGCUACCACUUAUUUUGUAAGGAAGAAUCCCGUUUUUUAAAUCCCCAAAAGGGACAUAACUUGGCAUUAAAUUCUGCCUGCAAAAGCCACUACAGGCAGCUUUUGGAACUGGCCACAGGGAAAAUGCAAUCAGAUUCUUACACUAAACAACUACCUAGAGCAGGCAUAGGCAAACUCUGGCCCUCCAGAUGUUUUGAGACUACAAUUCCCAUCAUCCCUGACCACUGGUCUUGUUUGCUAGGAAUGAUAGGAAUUGUAGUUCCAAAACAUCUGGAGGGCCAGAGUUUGCCUAUGCCUGACCUAGAGUACUGAGCAAUCUUUUUCUCCUAGGACAUAGUUACAACAAGCCGCUUUUUGUAAGGCAACAUAGCUUCAGUUUGUAGUUUGGUGACAGCAAAAUGUGGAAGCUGAAGCUGCUGGGCAAAGUUUGGAUGAGCAAACAAAUCAUGGUUUGAUAAGCCAUAGUUUAAUAAACCACGGUCAAGCGUUAUGUGCAAACCAGGCUAUUCAAUGCUGUUUGCUGGGUUUGGGUGGUGGGACGUUGCCAUCCGUGGCUUUCUGCAGCUGUCCAAGGGCUGCUGCCAUUUUUCACUCUAUAGAGUUGCAGAUGCCAAAUGUUGCAUUCAAAUGCCACUGUACUGUUUUUCUAAACCCUCCCCUUGCAGUAUGCUCUGCACGUGUACAACGAGGUGAUGAGUGUGGGGCAGAAGUACGGGAUCCGGAAUUCUGGUUACUACGCCCUCCGCAGCUUGCGCAUUGAGAAGUUCUUUGCCUUCUGGGGCCAAGAUCUGGAUGCUUUCACCACACCGCUGGAAUGUGGGCGCGAGUUCCGGGUUAAACUGGAGAAGGUGUGAAAGAGAGCUGGGCCAUGGGGUGUGCGUGUUUGUGUGUGGCACAGAAAAGGCAGGCGGCCUUGAAACGAGCGCAACACAACCUCCCUGCAGUGUGGGCAUCAUGUUUGCCUUGGGGCUGGGGAAGUGGAUUCAAACCCCAUCCUAGCCAUCAGUUUCCUGGGUGGCACAAGGCAAGUCACUAAUUUGUGGGCUUCAGCUUCUCUUCUGUUAAGCUGCAACAGCAACGUAGGAGGUGGAAGGUACCCCAAGGGUCAUCUAGUCCAAGCCCAUGCAAUGCAGGAAUCUCUUGGUUCCUUGUAGAUAAGUUCCCCAUAGAAUAUAAAGCAGGAGCUGCCCCUUUGUCCAGCCCUGACUGAUGCUUCCCCCCCCCUACCCCCCGCUCUCUCUCUGCAGGGCACUGACUUCAUAGGGCGGGAGGCGCUGAUGCAGCAGAAGCAGGAAGGGGUCUACAAGCGCUUCAUCAUGUUUGUCCUUGAAGACCACGACACAGACUUGGACCUGUGGCCCUGGUGGGGGGAGCCCAUCUACCGGAAUGGCCAGUACGCCGGCAAGACCACCAGCAGUGCCUAUAGUUACACACUGGAGCGGCACGUCUGCCUGGGUUUUGUCCUGAACGUGGACCCAGAGACUGGUGAGGAGCAGCCGGUGACACCCGACUUCGUCAACCAGGGCGAAUACGAGAUUGAUAUCGCAGGGCAGCGCUUCCAGGCCAAGGCCAAGCUUUAUCCCUUCAGCUCCCUCUUCACGACCCGCCGGCGCAAAGAUGAGAUGGAGUUCAGUGGCUUCCAGGGGAAAUAA